CCCGCCCCGCGCGGCCCCGGCGGGCGCCAUGUUCGCGGCGCCGCUGCGCCGGGCCCACAGGUGCGUGUUUCUGAAGGGGAGCGUGACCAUGGCUACGGGGGGGAAGAACAGCGAGCCCGGUGUCCCUCGUUACACCAACCGCCUGAUUAGUGAGAAGUCCCCCUAUCUCCUCCAACACGCUCACAACCCCGUGGAUUGGUACCCUUGGGGCCAGGAAGCCUUUGAUAAAGCAAAGAAAGAAAACAAGCUGAUAUUUCUGUCGGUUGGCUAUUCCACCUGCCACUGGUGCCAUGUGAUGGAGGAGGAAUCCUUCAAGAACAGGGAGAUUGGUGAGAUUAUGAACAAGAACUUUGUGUGCAUAAAAGUGGAUCGUGAGGAGCGGCCAGAUGUGGACAAAGUGUACAUGACUUUUGUGCAGGCAACCAGCGGUGGAGGUGGUUGGCCGAUGAGCGUCUGGCUGACUCCGGACCUCAAGCCCUUUGCAGGGGGGACAUACUUCCCUCCUGACGACAGGGUUUACCGCAUUGGCUUUCGGACUGUGCUGCUCCGAAUCGCAGAGCAGUGGAAGCAGAACAAAGAUGCUCUGUUGGAGAACAGUCAGAAGAUCAUGGAAGCACUCCUAACCCAAACUGAGAUCCGUGGCCAGGCCCAGGAGUCACCCCCGCCAUCCAAAGAGGUAACGGACACGUGUUUCCAGCAGCUCUCCAGGUCCUAUGAUGAAGAAUAUGGCGGCUUUUCAGAGUUCCCGAAGUUCCCCACCCCAGUGAAUUUGAAUUUCCUCUUCACGUACUGGGCCCUGCACCGAACGACUCCAGAAGGGGCCCGAGCACUGCAGAUGGCCCUCCACACCCUCAAAAUGAUGGCCUACGGGGGCAUUCAUGACCACAUUGGUCAGGGGUUUCACCGCUACUCCACUGACCAGCACUGGCAUGUCCCUCACUUUGAGAAGAUGCUAUAUGACCAGGGACAGCUGGCAGCUGCAUAUACCAGAGCAUUUCAGAUCUCUGGUGAUGAAUUCUUUGCUGAUGUGGCUGGAGAUAUUCUGCUCUAUGUCUCUCGGGAUCUGAGUGACCAGGCUGGAGGUUUCUACAGCGCAGAGGAUGCAGACUCCUAUCCAACCGCUGCAUCUAGAGAGAAGCGAGAAGGGGCGUUCUGCGUGUGGACAGCCGAGGAGAUUCGGGCCCUCCUCCCUGACCCUGUCGAGGGGGCCACAGAAGGGACGACUCUGGGAGAUGUCUUCAUGCACCACUAUGGGGUGAAGGAGGACGGCAAUGUGAGCCCCGCGAAGGACCCCCAUAAGGAGCUGAAAGGCAAGAACGUCCUUAUUGUCCAGUCCUCCCUGGAGCUGACUGCAGCCAAGUUUGGGCUGGAGCUGGGGCAGCUCAGCGCCGUGCUGCGAGAGAGCCGGCAGAGGCUGUCCGCAGCUCGGGCGCAGCGGCCGCGGCCUCACCUGGACACCAAGAUGCUGACAUCGUGGAACGGACUGAUGAUCUCAGGCUUUGCCCAGGCUGGGGCAACCCUGGCCAAAGAGGAGUAUGUGAGCCGGGCUGUGCAAGCUGCCAACUUUCUGCGGAGACACCUUUUCGACCCCACCAGUGGGAAGUUGCUGCGGAGCUGCUACCGGGGCAAAGACAACACGGUGGAGCAGAGUGCCGUGCCGAUCCAAGGGUUCCUGGAGGAUUACGUCUUUGUCAUCCAGGCUCUCUUUGACCUGUAUGAGGCCUCGCUGGACCAGGGCUGGCUGGAGUGGGCCUUGCAGCUCCAGCACACACAAGACAAGCUCUUCUGGGAUCCCAAAGGCUUUGCGUAUUUCUACAGCGAGGCUGGCGACCCCUCUCUGCUCCUCCGCCUCAAGGACGGUUGUUAUCUGUGGGGACCUGCAAGGAGAAGACACAAAAGAUCUGCUUCGCUGCGUGCACUCUGUCUUCUGCCCAAACAAGCAAGCUCGGCGUGGGCCGUGGCUCAGCUCCCUGCACGCCUCUCCCUGGUGCAGAGAGAUGGCAGUUCAGCCUCCUUCUGGCAGCCCAGCCCUGGGAUAGGAGUCGAUACAGCAGCGUCUGCUGUCAGUGAUGUGUCAUGCCCUGCACUGAUCCACCUGGUGUCUCGGUCACCUUCAGCUUGGAGAUGUUCAUAUGUCCCUGGGAAGAAGCAAGCCGAUACCUUACUCCAUCUGCAUCGUGGGCUUGAGUAUCCCCUCGCUGGGAGGGGCUGGCCUCUCCAAAAAGGCUUUGCUCCGAGCCCGGUGGUUCAGUUCCCUUCUGCGAAGCUGGCAGCAAGCCCAGCUGUCAAGCAGCUUCGUCUCCCGCGGGAACGGUCCAUCCCCCCGGGCCUUCGCCUUCCCCAGAGCAGCGAGGCAGAGGAGGGCUGGGUGCUCCCCUCACAGCUUGUGUGUGCAUCCUCUCUUGGGGCAGGCCUGGGGUGAGAGAUCUGCUCUCCUCAGUGUCAUUUGGGCGUAACGGAGGCUGACAAGGAGACAGAGCUGUGCAGAGCUGCACAGCCGUGCUUCCCUGACCUGUCACGCUGGGACCUACCUGGUAACGUGUUCCCCCGUCUGGAGGGACGGCGCGGAGAGCAGAAUAACGGGAUCCAGGGCCCAGGGCUGCCGGAGUCACGGACUGGAGCAGAGCCGUGGUGCUUGUGGAGGAAGGGAGCGGAAAGCAGGGUUAAGCACCGGAUAAAUUCAGCAAGAGAGGCAUGGGCAUGUGGGCACCGCAGCCCUGGGAGCUUCUGUGUCCCCCGUGUCGGUGAGAGAUGCCCACUUGGCGGCUCGCAGGCUUGCUCGGGCCUGGGAGAGGCAGCAGUGGUAAAAGCUGCCUGCAGCCCGGGACAGGGGUCUAAGGGAGACCCCCGUCUGCCGCUGCUCCGGGGUGGCCGGCAGCGCGCCGCGGGCCGGGCUCGCCUGCCUGCGCCCGCCCCGUGCUGGGCAUCGCCCGCACGCCGGGUCGCCCGGUGCUGGGCAGCGGAGGAUUUCUCUGGGCGUAGGAGGUUCGUGCGAGCGAAGACCUUGGCCUGAAGGCGCAGCUGCGCUCCUGGCCUGGCUUUUGCCUCCUAAGGGGGUUUGAGGGCUGCGACCCCUCCUUUGGCCAGAAAAGCAGGGUGGGUUCCCGCAGGCUGGGUGCAGGCACAGGCCAAGCUGGUGCUGUCAGGGCUGGCGUCGCUGAUGGUUUUGUGUCUACUUUGGCGUUGCAUUUGGCAGCAAUUUGGAUAAUUUAAUCUGUAGCGAUAGGUCCUGUCUCCUCACCCCCCAAAGGUAGUGCAGAGGAGAGAGUAAAAUCCCACUGCUCAGAGUUGGUGUGGGGAUGUGGAUCAUGACUUGGGGCCUGACGUCUCCCACCAAGCAUCCCUCGUUCCGUGUUGCAGUGCACGGAAAGGGAGACAUGGUUGCUCCUUCUCCGACACGUCUUCUGCCCUCUGCAGCUGCUCUUCAUCUCUCCUCCUCCUCCUCCUCCCCAGGAAACAGCCCAAGGCUGAGCCGCCCUGAGUCACCCGCUCUGGGGACACGGCAGCUUUGGGAAGUGGCUUCACCGAGGAGUUGGGGAGACGUCACUUCUGUGUCUCUCGACGCCCCCGCUCCCCCCGGUGCUGGCGGGGCGCUGGGGGCUAGGCUCAGCUGCAGGAACACAAUUAAUUAGGUCGUCCUAGUAAUUAAUUCCUUACAAACCUCACACUGAAAUUCGUGCUGUAAUAAGAAGCCGAUGAUAAAAUGGCGCUGGAGCUGGCAAGUUUAAAUCGGCGUCUAGAGGAGCCCCUUGCCGGGGGCAGCGGCCGCUCGGCGAGGGGUCAGGAGCCGUGCUGAGCCCUUCCGGGGCGGUGCUGGGCGCUAACGCCCCGGGGUCCCGGGCUGGGAUGGGGUCCCGGGCUGGGAUGGAGUCCUGGGGCUGGGGACUCCGGCGCCGUGCUCCCGUCCCACUGAUCGUCCGCCCCGGCCCGGCCCGCUCUGUGCCUCAGUUUCCCCUUCCUCAGCGACCCGGCGGUGUACAGGCGCCCGGGGGGCGGCGGGGAGCUGCCCGGUUCACCGGUCCCGUGGGGCUGGCGUGGGGCCGGGGCCGGCCGCGGGAGCCGUGGGGCCGACUGCUCCUGGGUUGAAUCCCUGCCCUGCUAAUGGACUUUAGGGUAAUUACGAAGGAUCCCAUUAUCUCCGGCGCUGCGAGCGCGAGCUUGCCGGCUCGCUUUAUCCUGGCCCUGCGAGAGGACCUUAGGGAGCCGGCGAGAAAAAUGAAUAAUGAAUUUCAGAUUGGACAUGAAUUGGUAAUUAAUCACUCCUGGAAUUAAUUCCAGACAAAGCCAACGAGGGAGGAGGGCAAGCGGAGGAGAGGGAGGCAGGGCGGGACGCGGGCUGAGCCGGGGCUGGGCGGGCGUGCGGCGAGCGGGUCGGCGCUCAGCGGGCCCCGCUGCGUCGCUCACCGGCG